CGGUUGAGAUUAAAAUAAAAGUCAAGAACAACGAGGGUUGUAUUUUGGCAUGUUGGCGGGCAACAGGCCAUGAGCAUCCUCAACAACCCUGGAUGUCCAAAGGCCUUGGAGAUCAAGAGCCGAAUCCUUCAAGGCUUCACCUCUAUCAAACAGCUCAAGCAUGUCUACGCCGCACUUCUCCGCUUCGGCCUCGAGCAGGACAAUUAUCUUCUUAACUUGAUCUUGAAACGCACCAUUCGUUUUGGUAACACCAACUAUGCUAAUCUCAUUUUCAAUCAUACUGAACAACCCAACAUUUUCCUUUGGAAUACCAUGAUUCGCGGUUUUGUCUCCAAUGAUUGCUUCCGAGAAGCCGUGGGUUUGUACAUUUCCAUGCGCAAAGAAGGCUUCUUGCCCGAUAAUUUUACUUACCCUUUUGUUCUUAAGGCGUGUGCUAGGCUUUCGGAUUUUCACUUGGGUGUUAGGAUCCAUUCGCUCGUGGUUAAAUGUGGUUAUGAUUGGGAUGAGUUUGUUAAUACCAGUUUGCUUACCCUGUAUGCAAAAUGCGGGUAUUUGGGUGAUGCCAUGAAGGUGUUUGAUGAUAUUCCUGAUCGAAACAUUGUUUCUUGGACUGCCAUCAUUAGUGGCUGUAUUGAUGCUAGCCAGCAUAGAGAAGCUAUUGAUUUGUUCAGGAGGUUGUUAGAGAUGGGUGUGAGGCCUGAUGGUUUUAGCCUUAAUCGGGUUUUGUCUGCAUGCACUCUGUUAGGGGAUUUGAGUACUGGAGAGUGGAUAGACAGAUACAUAAGAGAGUCUGGGAUGGCAGGAAACUUGUUUGUCGCAACCUCCUUGGUGGAUAUGUAUGCAAAGUGUGGUAACAUGGAGAAGGCUCGCCAAAUAUUUAAUGGUUUGCUUGAGAAGGAUAUAGUUUCUUGGAGUACUAUGAUUCAGGGGUAUGCCUCAAAUGGACACCCAAGAGAAGCUCUAGACCUUUUCUUCCAGAUGCUGAGAGAAAAUUUGGCACCUGAUUGCUAUUCCAUGGUUGGAGUGCUUUCUUCUUGUGCGAAAUUAGGAGCCCUAGAAUUAGGGGACUGGUCUAGCAAGUUAAUGAGGAAAGAUGAGUUUUUGUCUAACCCUGUAUUGGGUACUGCUUUAAUUGACAUGUAUGCAAAAUGUGGGAGCGUAGCUCAAGCCUGGGAAGUCUUUAAAGGGAUGAAGGAGAAAGACCGUAUAGUCUGGAAUGCUGCAAUAACUGGUCUUGCAAUGAGUGGACAUGUUAAAGUUGCAUUUGCUCUUUUUGGCCAAGUAGAGAAAUCCGGGAUUCAACCUGAUGGGAACACUUUCAUGGGGUUACUCUGUGGGUGUACUCAUGCUGGUUUGGUUGAUGAAGGUCGCCGAUAUUUUCGUAGCAUUAGUAGUGUUUUUUCCUUGACUCCUACAAUUGAACAUUAUGGGUGCAUGGUAGAUCUUCUAGGUCGUGCAGGUUUAUUGAAUGAAGCUCAACAGUUGAUCAAAAGUAUGCCCAUGGAACCGAAUUCCAUUGUUUGGGGAGCCCUGUUGGGUGGAUGUAGAUUGCACAAGGAUACUCAGUUGGCAGAACAUGUGCUAAAGAAACUCAUUGAUUUAGAACCGUGGAACUCAGGAAACUAUGUUCUCUUAUCUAAUAUAUAUUCAGCAAGUCAUAAAUGGGAUGAUGCAGCAAAAGUCAGGUCAAUUAUGAAUGACAAAAGGAUCAAAAAGGUACCUGGGUGCAGUUGGAUUGAAGUAAAUGGGGUUGUUCAUGAAUUCCUUGUGGAUGAUAAGUCCCAUCCUUCUUCAGAAAUGAUAUAUGCAAAACUUGGUGAAUUGGCCCGAGAACUGAAAGCAGCUGGUUAUGUUCCAACUACAGAUUAUGUGUUGUUUGACAUAGAGGAGGAGGAGAAGGAGUAUUUCAUUGGUUAUCACAGUGAGAAGCUGGCUGUUGCGUUUGGUCUAAUCAGUACAGCUCCAAAAAAUGUGAUUCGAGUUGUUAAGAAUCUCCGUGUAUGUGGUGAUUGCCAUGAAGCCAUAAAGCUUAUUUCGAGGAUUACUGGUAGGGAGAUAAUUGUUAGGGAUAAUAACAGAUAUCAUUCCUUCAUAGGGGGGUCAUGCUCUUGUGGCGACUAUUGGUGAAAUUAGAAAUAUAUUAAACACAAGGGAAGAGCGGCAUUACUCCAAUUAACAUCCAAGCCAUUGGUCUUAAUGGAUAAAAGCAUUGCGGUUUUCCCUCUCUGGCAAGUGGGAACUCAACACAAGUGAUUGUCCUCCUCCAUACCACGCCAUGACAUGUAUCAGGCUGCAUCUUCAUCAGAAUACAUGAACUGCCUGCCUACAGGGAUUGGGAGGAAGGAUAUUGACGUGGAUUGCAAUAAUCUUAAAAUUAGCCUUGUGCAUGGAUAAAACAAAAUAACAAGAACAUACAUAAGCAAACCUAAACAAAGAUGGUUUGAAUUAAAAGAUCUCCACUAGUGAGAUGACUGAGGACCAAUAGAGUGGGGUUCCCAGUAGAAUCAACAAGGUUUGGAUCAGCACUCAUGCCAUUGGACGACUUUUUUUGUCUUUCUUGCUCUUUAUGGGAAGAAUGCCUUGAGGGGACAAUUUUACACGUCGUCAUGCUCUAGCUAAAAACAUGGUCACGUUAUGUCAAUACCAAACAUGAGCAUUUUGAAAGUGAUGACAGCUACGGAAACAUUAAGUUGGGUCCCAGAGCAGUGAAUAGAAUCCUUAAUUCAUU